GUCUCCACAAUGCUCGGUUUCAGUCCUUUUGCCUUCAUCCUGCCUUGUCUUCUCUUUCUGUUCAUGCUCAUCAAGAUUUUCAAAGCAAGAAGUUCCAAUGCUUUGAAGUUACCCCCGGGGCCAAAGAAACUGCCCCUUAUCGGAAAUUUGCACCAGUUGAUAAGUCCCGAGCUGCCACACCAUCAUCUGAACAACCUAGCGAAAACCUAUGGCCCGAUUUAUCACCUCAAGGUCGGUGAGCUCACGCUCAUCAUUCUUGCGACUCCUGAGAUUGCCAGAGAGGUCCUGAAGAAACACGAGAUCAACUUCGCUCAGAAGCCACUAUUCCCAUCUUUAGAGAUGAUGGGCGACAUGAGCUCAAGCUUCAUGUAUGCGCCUUACGGAGAAUAUUGGAGGCAGCUUCGCAAGAUUUGUGUCUUGGAACUUCUCAGCGUCAAAAGCGUUCGGUCUUUCCAAUCAAUAAGAGAAGAUGAGACGAGCAAUCUGGUCCAGUUCGUGCGCUCAUUGCAGGGUUGCCCUCUCAAUCUCACCAACAAGAUCACUUCCUGCUUAAAUGCCAUAAUAUCCAGAGCAGCAUUUGGUCAAAGCUACAAGCACCAGGAGUACCUUUCAGCUCUUAAAGAAGCAAUCGAACAGGUCGGCGGGUUUAACUUCGCAGAUGUUUUCCCAUCCCUCAGAAUACUUCGUUAUGUUAGGGGGAGGAAAUGGAGGCUAGACAGUAUUCGGCGAAGAUGUGAUCAAAUUUCGAAUGAUAUUCUCAAUGAUCAUAGGAGGCAGAGAGAAAACUUAAGUUGUACCCGAGAAGAUAGCUUUGUCAAGGAAGAUUUUGUUGAUGUACUUUUACGGAUUCAAGAGUCGAACGAACUUGGAUUCCCUCUUACCGACAACCACAUUAAAUCUCUAAUCCUGGAAUUCUUUGGUGGUGGAACCGAUACGACAUCGGUAACAGUAGAAUGGGCGAUGUCGGAAUUGCUCAAGAACCCACAAGUGAUGGCGAAUGCGCAGGCUGAGGUACGCGAGGCAUUGAAAGGAAAGGAUCAAGUGCAAGACUCGGAUCUUGAAGAUCUCAAGUACUUAAAAUCAGUCAUCAAAGAGACUCUUAGGUUACACCCUCCGGUACCAUUAGUCCCCCGAGAAGCAAGGAAAUCAUGCAAGAUCAAGGGCUACGAUAUACCUGCGAAAUCAAGGGUGCUUAUUCAUGCCGGGGCAUUAGGAAGGGAUCCAAAUCACUGGGAAGACCCGGAAAAAUUCCAGCCGGAGAGGUUUCUUGAAUCACCAGUAGACUUCAUUGGGACAUAUUAUCAUUUCAUUCCGUUUGGUUUCGGCAGGAGGGUGUGCCCGGGCAUCGCUUUUGCCAUGGCCAAUAUUGAGCUCUUACUGGCACUCUUGCUAUACCAUUUCGACUGGGCACUUCCAGAUGGGCAAACUCCUGAAGAGCUGGAUAUGAUCGAGGAUUUUGCGGCCACAGUCAGGAGAAAGAGUGAUCUUUAUGCGAUUGCCACCCUUCCUAGUCAUGGCCAUGCAUCACGGCCUGGAGGUUUUCAAGCUUGAAGGUAAAGGGACGCUAGAUCAAUCGACCCGUGACACAUGCCUGAUAAAGACGAGUUGCUGGUUCGGGUGGCCAUUCUUGUUCCAUCUUGCUCAUUUCGAUCCCUGUCUAUUUCAUCGUUGUUGCAAAGAAACUGGAGUCUUUGAACAGGGGCUAAAAUAUGUCAAAAUCGUGUUAGUCUCGGUAUAUA